AUGUCGAAUGUAACGCAAGCGAAUUGGCCCAGACAUCUCCUCAUCGAUUCUGGCACUUACCGCGAAGACAUAUUUCUCUUCAAUGAUUGGUCACAAAGUCACAGCCCUGGAGUUCUCCCCUUCCAAAAGAUAACAUGGUGGAGAGAUGGAAGGUGCUGCGUGCAUUCUCGAACUCUGUGCCGUGUCUGUCGCGAUGUGCUUGGAGUACAGACUUUGAGCAACACAUCCGCUGCGGACCCGCCGUCCGAAUCGUCACGUCAAGAUUGCAGUAUCUGGGAUCCUUUCAUGCGGAGAUGGGACUUUGGCGUUGUCGCAGAACCGCGACAUCAAGCUCAGAACAGAAGAAACGCCCGUCAUCUUUACAAUGGUGGAGCGCUUCGUGCUCUAGACUUUACCGUUCCGACGUACUUUAAUCCUCAUUUUGCUGGACAUCCGGGGGUACGGCAGGGUGAGUUGUACAUCUUUCCGACGGCUUCCAUCCGAAUUCUCUUGCAGAACGAGUUGACCGGUCAGAGUGGAUAUUUGAGAAUUCCCGAGAUGAGUAUGGCCAAUCUGAUGGACAACUUAUUGGGAGAAGGUGAAUCAUUGUAUUUGAGGUAUUGGAGGAGAGGAGAACAGGCAGCGGAGAGAAGAAUGUGUCGUGGAUUUGGAUAUAUCUUGGAUGAGCUCAACAGGGGUGCCAGAGGAGGUGAACUUCCGGCUACGAUGGAGAGAUGCUUGAGGAUUCGAGAAGCCUGA